CAAGUAAAGGAUAAUUCGUUGUGUAGGGGCAAAACAGUAACACCGCACGCAUCCUUUUUUCGUGUGCCCAUUUCACACGUAUUCUCACAAUCCUUCUUCAUCUCUAAGCUACCAUUUCCAUCACUCCGUAUUUUAUAAACCUACAGCUACAGUAUAUAUAGCCCGUACUCGUAGAUAUAUCAUCUUCAAUUUCGCGCCCAAUUUUCCCAACGAACUAAUAUUACUGCAAAACAAUGGCCGAAGAAAGAUCCGAGAUAGCCUUCUUCGACGUGGAGACAACUGUUCCCACCCGAACCGGCCAGGGCUUCGCCAUUCUGGAAUUCGGAGCCAUUCUGGUUUGCCCCAGGAAGCUGGUGGAGCUUCGGAGCUACUCCACCCUCAUCCGCCCCGCUGACCUCUCGCAUAUUACUUCUCUCUCCGUCCGCUGCAACGGGAUUACCAAGGACGCCGUCGUUUCUGCUCCGGCUUUUGCUGAUAUUGCAGAUCUCGUAUACGAUCUGCUGCACGGAAGAAUAUGGGCUGGCCAUAACAUAUUGCGUUUUGAUUGUGCUCGCAUACGAGAGGCAUUUGCCGAGAUUAACAGGCCAGCUCCAGAGCCUAAAGGAACUAUUGAUUCGCUAGCACUGUUAACACAAAAGUUUGGAAGAAGAGCUGGUGAUAUGAAGAUGGCAACUCUUGCAACUUAUUUUGGGCUUGGGAAGCAAACACACAGGAGUCUGGAUGAUGUACGCAUGAAUCUUGAAGUCCUUAAGUACUGUGCAACAGUUCUUUUUUUGGAAUCCAGCCUUCCAGACAUAUUUACUGAUAACAGCUGGGUUUCUCCCAAUGCAAUCACAAGAAGUCGAACUAAUGGAAAAAAUUCCACUGAACAAAUUGGGAAGGAUGAAAUUAUCCAAUUAUCUAGAGACAAGUUUGCAUGUCCAUCAACGCCGUUGCCAUCUCCAAUGAAGAUUGAAUUUCCAUCAACAUUAUCUCCAUCUUCAGUGAAUAUGCUUGUGGAACGUACUGCUGGUGAAGCGAAUGUGCCGCUUGACCCCAAUGCAGCAAGUGUUGGCCCAUUUGACUUGGGUGGGAUGCGUGCUGGAAUGGAGGAGCCUCUCCCUGAAGACAGUAUGGAAGAAGAGAAAAAUGCCUUAAUAUCUCAAGAGUCUUCAACUUCAGUAGGGGAUGGAUGUUCCUAUAGCUGUAAUGACUUCUUGGAGCCUGAUGGUGUUUCAAUACCUUUAAUAUCUGUUACUCUUGCACCCUUUUACGGUGGAACUCAAAGAAUACAAAUAUUACACCAAAAUUUCCCAUUGCAACUUAAAUGUGCAAGCCUGAAAGUUCGUUUUGGAAUCAGCACGAAGUUUGUAGAUCAUGCUGGUCGGCCACGUUUGAAUUUCGUUGUGGAUGCAUCACCAAAUUUGUGCAAUAUUUUGGAUGGAGCUGAUAGGCUAGCCCAGAAGCUGUCCACUGAUUCUGGUAGCUCCUCUGAGUGGCAUCAUGUAGUAACCAGGAAGCAAGGCUUCUUCAACUCUCCCACUGUCCGAUUGCACCUACCAACUUUAGCAGACGGUGGAAUCAACCGAUGGACAACAGAGAUAUACCAGAAGGAGAGUUCAACCAUGCAGAAGCUUAUGUUUAGUAGAUUCGAUGUUGCUGAACUGGAUUCGUUGUUCACUCCGGGGAAUGUUAUUGAUGCCUAUUUCUCUUUGGUUGCCUAUGAUUUUCAGCAAAAUGCCGGCAUCCGCUUAGUGGCAAAGAAACUGAUUGUUCAUCCAAACUGAUGAUAAUGUCACCCCAACUGUUGGAUAGGCUAACCCUUCGGAUAGUCAUGUAGGAAUUCAGUACUGAUGCUGAAAUCAAGACAUUUGAUAUUUAUGAACUUCUCUUACAAAUUGUUUAUUGGAAAUCAAGAUUACAGCUUACACUUUGUAUAGAUGUUAAAGAAGUAGAUCUGAGGAGUAGCCUUUGUUGUGUUUAUCCAUCAGGAAUAAAAGGACUUCCCUUCAA